UCAGUGCUCUGUGAUGAUAACAGUCCUCAGAAACUCAGUGGGACCCAAGUCUUCCUUCAUCACCCCAGAGAAGCGAGCUAAACUCCGGUCCAACCCAGUCAAAGUUCGCUUUGCUGAGGAGGUCGAGGUCAACGGUCACUCUCAGGGCAACUCGCUGCUCUUCCUCCCCAACGUUCUAAAGGUGUAUCUGGAGAACGGACAGACCAAGGCCUUCAAGUUUGAACCCAACACCACUGUCAAGGACAUAGUGAUGACCCUGAAGGAGAAACUGUCUCUGUCUCGUAUUGAACACUUCUCUCUGGUUCUGGAACAGAAGUACAGCAUCAGUAAACUACUGUUACUACAUGAAGAGGAGAGGAUACAACAGGUGGUCCAUCAGAAGGAAGUCCAUGACUACAGGUGUCUGUUCAGAGUGUGUUUUGUACCCAGAGAACCUGAGCACCUGUUACAAGACGACCCCACUGCCUUCCACUACCUCUACCUGCAGGGUAUUAAUGACGUGCUACAGGAGCGUUUUGCGGUGGAGAUGCGUUGCAACACGGCCCUGCGUCUGGCAGCCCUGCACAUACAGGAGAGACUAGCCAGCUGUGGACAGUCACCUAAGACCAACCUCAAGAUCAUCACGAAGAGUUGGGGCAUUGAGAACUUUGUCUCAUCAACCCUCCUGAGGAACAUGAGGGAGAAGGAUCUGAGGAAGGCCAUUGGCUACCACAUGAAGAAGAGCCAAUCACAGGAGCCCAAGCAGAAGGUGCUGUCGGCCAAUCAGGCGAAGAUUGACUACCUGGCGGAGCUGUGUGACCUCAAGUCCUUUGGCGGGAAGUCCUUUAGUGCCACCAUGAUGCUCCAGGACAGGGAGUCGAUGGUGACCCUGUUGGUGGGGUCGCGGUACGGUAUCAGUCAGGUGGUGAACCACAAACUGAGCAUCAUGACCUCACUCACAGAGUUCAGCAGUAUCACACGCAUAGAGCUGCUACCAGAGUCUGACCGUGUUAGUCUGGUCAAGAUCUAUCUACAGGACAUCAAGCCCAUCACCCUGUUGUUGGAGUCAGUAGCAGCCAAGGACAUGUCCUGUCUGGUGGCAGGGUACUGUCGUGCCCUAGUGGACCCCAGCCUCAUCAUCUUCCCCUGGACACAGGACGCCAAGCAGCACCGCGUGUCUGCCGAGGAGGGCUAUGUGUCGCGGUGUGGCAGUGACUCGGACGAUUCCUCAGACAUGGACACCCUCAUCUCCCUUGUAUCCCAUAACAACAAGCGGACCGCAUCAGACCCUGUCGGUCUACGACGCAUUAUGGAGGAGAGAAAAGAGGAGAGAAAAGAGAGGAAGGAGAGAGAGGAGAGGAAAAAGAAGGAGAAAGAGGGGAACGAGAGAAAGGAGAAGAGAGAAGGAGAACAAGAGAAAAAUAUGAAAUACGGAACUAUGUCUCCACAGAGAAAAAACAGAGAGAACGAGAGAAUAGAGGAGAAGGUGGGAGGAGUAGGGGACCAGAGAAAGAAAGACACUGAAGCAGGAGGAGAGGAGAAGUCUGAGAAACAACUAGGAGCAGAGAACAGAGGAAUGCAGGAGGACGACAGAGAAAGAGAGAAUGAAAAGGAGGCAUCAGACUCGUGUCGUACUGACUCUCGUUUCAUGACCAGCAUCUCCAGUGACUCCCUGGAUGCUCUGGAGGAGGAUGACCUGAUCGCCUGCUCCUCCUCCCUCCCUCACCCUCCCUUCCGCCUCACAGUGGAGCCCCCCCACCCCCAGCCUCACCCACGAGGGGGUGCAUCCUCACCCCGAGGAGGGGCAGGAGACGCAUGCAGCCUCACCCACCGUCACCCUAAGGCUGAGGAAGAGGAGGGUGGUGGUGGUGAGGAAGAGCAGGGGGCGGUCCUGACCCUGGAGCCCGUGCCCAUCCUCCAGCCGCCGCCAGGGUUCGGAGACAGCAGUUCUGACGAGGAGUUCUUUGAUGCGAGGGAUCGGUUCGCCUCGCCUGAAGACCCAACAUCAGGGACUGUGUCCAGAGUCUCCUACCCUGGACCGGACCAAAACCAGGAGCGGAACUGGGACUGGAACCCAGAUCACGUUCCUGAUCAGUAUCCGGACCGGGUACAGAACCGGACAGAGAGCUCAGACGAAAGCCAGCUGCUGAGUUUGGACCCAGAACCCUCUGAGCAGAGCCAGAACCCAUGUCCUACUGUCUCCUCUCUGAGCCACACUGAGGGGGAGGCAUGCCAGCUCGAGUCCAAGCCUAUCCUCACCAAGCCCACCCGAGAGGGGUCCCACCAGGGACCUGGAGAUCCACGGGCGCCUGAUAACCCGAAGGCUGAACUCCAUAGGAGCUCCAGGAGCAGGCGGAAGUCCAUGGAGACAGAGCCCGACGUGAUGGAGUCCAAAUCGGUCACGGCCCUGGUGACGGCAGCCUCCUCCUCCAUCACGGCUGUACGCUGUAGAGUAGAACCAGAUGGCAAGGAGAGCACUGAUCGGAGAGGAGACAGGGAGGAGGGAUUCCUCCUCCGGCCUUGCUCACCGGGCAUCAUCGGCCAAAGCCUCUCGGCCUCCACAUUACGGGGGAAGAUCCAGAGCCUGCCCCUCUAUUUAUCUCGCUCCCAGGAAACCCUCACCCUCUCUGGGGUGGGCAGCACCACCAGGAGCCCCUCUCAGGAGCCCACCAGCGACAAGACUGAGGUAACGGUCACAACCGAAACCGCCAAGGACGACGAUGUCACAGCGGUGGCGACAGUGGAGGAUUCGAAAGAUUCCGGGGUGGCGUUGGCGGAGUCGGAUGAUUCCGAGGUCACGCUGACGGAAUCGGAGGUUGGCGAGGUUGUCGUGGAGACGGCCGGGGCGGAAAUCACGAGGUUGACGGUGUCGGAGGUCAAGGAGGUGGUCGAGAAGGUUGUGAUGGUCUACGGAUCCUCCCCUCCUCCUCCUUUAGCACCCAUCUCUGUAGAGCCCAAACCAGAACCCAAAAUGGUUGCCAAGUUGCCUACCUGUCCCAUUGCUACAGUGGAAACCACCCCUCCUAUGGCUACAGCACCUAUCUGUCUGGAGCCCAAACCAGUCUCUGAACUACUCUCCCAAAGCCCCACUAUCCACAAAAUGGCCGCCCCAUUACCUUCCUGUCCUUCCUCUCCUGUGCCCAUACGCGUAGAGCCCAAACCAGAACAUGAAUCACUAUCCAUACGCUCCAAAAUGGCCGCCUUAUCGUCCUCUUGUCCCCCUGCUUUAUUGGUAACCACACAGAGUCUGAAUUCCCCUUCUUCUAAUCCUCCCCCAAUCAGAGUAGAACCCAAGACAGACCCUUGCCCUGAACCACUAUCCCUAGACCCCAAAAUGUCCUCUCCGUUGUCUUCCUGCCCCUCUGCUAUAGUGGUGACCACACAGAGUCUGAAUGGACCGGGGCUCAGCUUCCCUGGUUAUAACAUGAGAGGACGGCCAUUCGGGGGAAACAGCUUCUGUAAACCCCCAGGGGAGGAGGCAGGCCUGCUGAACACCCUGACUACAGGCUGUGGGCUCUUCACCUCCACCUGUGAGACCCAGCCCAACCAGGCCCACAUGGAAUCCUACCCGCUGGAGAAGCCUGAUUUAGGGUGUAGUUCGGUGCUGGUGUCGGGGUGCGAGGCGGUCCUGGAGGGGGUGCAGACGCCCCUGGAGGCAUGCAGGUGUCCGCCACCGCUAGUUUAUAACAACUGUUUCAGUGGGGGUGACAGCUUCGACGAUGAGUUGACAGUUUACGAGUUCUCCUGCCGGACAACCUCCUUCCCUCGCUCUGUCAUGCCCCCAUCCUCCUCCAUGGAGCUCUCCCCUAUUCUCUCCCCGCUCCUCUCCCCAUCCAACUGCUUCUUGUCCCAGUCCAGUCUCCAGGACGAUAUCGGCCGACUACGCCACCGCCGCUUCCCACCGCCCCCAGCAGGGUUCCAGACUAUCCGGAGCGACGUGGACGAGCUUAUCACCCUCCUGCAGGGAGGGAGGAUGGGGGGGAGAGGGGGGAGGCACCCAAGGGAGACCUGCGCCACCCACUUCUCAGAGAACAAGCGUCUUCUCCACGGGGAGGCCCGGAGGCUGAUGGCCGGCUGUCAGAAGGUGGUCCGGGUGGGGCAGACCCCGGACGAGAUGCUCUUGUCCCUGUCCGACAGCUUCAAGACCCUGGUGGGCAUGGCCGGCAUGUGCCUGUGGUUCUCCGGGUGCGACCGGUGCGACCGGAGGAACGCUGAGGCGCUGGCUGGGCUGGCGGACGUGGCCAGGACGUACCGGGAGUUUGUGCUGGCGGCUGAGAGGGCGAGCGGGAGGCGGAGCUGUCAUGACCUCAGCACCAAGCUCCUUGCCAAGCAGUGUACCGCCCUCACUGCUUCCCUCUUCUGCCUCACACAGCUGUUCCGCACACUCACCGCCCUCUGAACUGAACCAACGAUCUCUGACCCCUAUAACAACCUAUCGGUUGACCUUUCAACUCUGACCUCUAGACCCACUACACAGGGUCGCCAGACAAUCAGUCAGUCAUCCGGCUGAGUGGGGAACAAAUGUCUGAACUGGAACAAGUCCACGUAGAGAAGAAGAAGAAAAAGAAGAAGCACAAUUGAAAGGAGAGAGAGAUGAGACGGAUGAAACAAGACGGGAUGAAACAAGACGGUUCUAAUGAUCUCCUGUGACAUCAUAGAGAGCCUCUGUGACAUCAUAAAUAAGGAACCUCUGUGACAUCACAAAGUGCCUGUGUGACAUCACAGGGAACAUGUGACACACUGGAAGACAUAAGAGUUAUGUCAUAACAGUAUGUAACUCCAUUUGGGUCUAUGCUGUCAAAAAAUAUAUACAUAAAAUAAGACUAUUUGACGCGUUAAAUAAGAUUGUAAUUUGACACGUCAAAUAACACAAUUCUAUUAUGAAUGCUGUGUGUGUUGAAUUUGCACAUGCAAGACAAGCUCCACCACUGCUAUCAGUAGCACUGUAUAAACGGUACAAAAAAAAGUCUGCAAACAAGCACACACGGGCCAUAAACGAUGUGUUUACAAUUCCGCGUUGGUAAUAAGGCAUUAUUUGUUUGACGGCAACUUCUGGGGUAGCUAGCUAGCUUUAGCUUGGUACCUAGCUAGCACCAAGGGUUCUUAUAAAUUAGGGUUAUUUUAGAUGAUGACACCUAGCUAGGUAGUUAGCUAGCUAACUAUAGCUACUGAAACAGAUUAUGUCGUUUUGCUAUGUUUUUUGGGAAGAACAUUGUUUGCAUCCAACAGCUAGCUCGCUUUUUUAAUAACAAAACUUUACCAGCAUCAUAGCAUACAUAUCGAUGAAUCGUUGUGACAUGAAAUACGAGUGAUAGUGUAAUCAAUGUGUAAUAGAUACGUAAAAAAUAUGUGACGUGCAGUCAUAUUCAGGUCCUGAUUGUUCAACAAGCUUAUUUGACGUGUAUCUUUUUUUUGACACGCAAAGACCCAAACGGCGUUCCAUAUAACAGGUCCCAAAUGACUGUUAAGCAUUUUAAACAGUAACCUACAGUAUGCUGUGCAAGUGCUGUAACCCACGGCAACUACACAAGGAGGGACAAACUGGACAUAUGUAGCAUCAUCACCAAACUGCAAGAAGCCUCACGCAAUGACAAUCUCUGGACUCAAAGCCAACCUGCUUGCGUUAAUGUAGUAUUUAACUAAUUUAUUAUAUUUGAAUGUCCAUUAUUUAUUUGUUUUAAUUUAUUAUGUAUUUGUGAUGUUAUCCCUGUGAUUAUUGAUUCUGUAUGGUAGUGGUGUGAGGUGUGAAAAAUAGGAAUGUAGAGGGAAUGGGUGUGUUUACAGAAAAGAGGAUCUAGAUUGGUACACACACCAUCAGAGUUGGCUGAAAGGUACAGUCAUGUUGAUUGUGUUAUUAUUUGGCUGGCUGAUCAGUCAGUGGAAGGUUUUAUUUUAUUUGAUCU